AUGUGCUUCAUGAUGUGGCUCCUGUUACUAGGGCAAACCAUCAUUCGAGUUUUUUGCAUCGCCUCGCGUACCUCUAUGUGCUUCAUGAUGUGGCUCCUGUUACUAGGGCAAACCAUCAUUCGAGUUUUUUGCACCGCCUCGCGUACCUCUAUGUGCUUCAUGAUGGGGAUUCUGUUAGGCUCCACUGUCGUCCAGUUUUUUCAUAUCGCCUCGCAUACCCGCCUUCAGCGGAGACAAACAGACCUGGUCGCAUACCAAGAUCUUACCGAGGUCGAAGCUCGCAUCAAUCAACUCACCGGCGCGGUCCAAGAGCUGAAAGAGACGCGGAACAGCCUCACCCCUCUAUUCAAGCUGCCAGUGGAGCUCGUCGUUGUUGUUUUGUCCUUGCUUGUUGUAGGGGAUGAGCCAGAUGCCUACAGUCUUGUAUCUUGCAGCCAAGUGUGCCGUCGGAUGCGGCAAAUAUGCCUGGAGUAUCCAUCCCUCUGGAGGGAUGCUAUGAACAUGUCGGCCUGUCCCAAAUUCAUGGAAAUGAUAUUGCAACGCUCGGCGCCUCUUCCUUUCAGUAUCGCUAUUGAUUUUGCGCAGUGGAACGCUGAGGAUCUGCAAAUGCCGAACUGCGCUACCAAUCUGAGCCUCGUAGUUUCCGCUCUUCAUCGGCUCAAUGAUUUUCAUAUUCAUGCGUCACCAUCGAUUGUCUCCGCAGUGUUAUCUCGAUUUCCUCACCGUGCUCCCGCAUUGGAAACUUUGUACUUGGGAGUAUCGCGCAUGAUGGGCGACUCAGAUCACGUCCUGCAAGUACCUGACACCCUUAUGAUGCUAGAUGCGCCAUUGCUGCGGAAGCUCUGUUUGUAUGGAUGCAUCUUUUCAUGGGACAAGUUCGCUUUCACGAACCUGGUCGAAUUACGCGUUGUUGGCUUUCCCGACGAAGUCAAACCAUCCCUUACGGCCGUCCUGUCGGUCUUAUCGAACCUCCCCCUCCUUCAAACGCUAGUUAUGCGCGAGGUCUUGUUGAAACUCGACAACAUUCCUGAGCAACAUGCCGAGCCAGUGCAGUUACCGUGCCUCCAAUCCUUGUGCAUUCACUGCCCCGCCAUGGAUUGUGCAAUCUUUCUCGAUGCUGUUGCAACGAAGGAGCUCAAAGUUUUGGAUCUCGUUUGCCAGGAUACCACGCAAUAUCCAACGGCGGCAGAAAUGACAAAAUUUUAUUCGUCCCUUCGGGUGAAGACAAGGGCUAUGGACGUGCGCUCCGUGUCCAUGCACUGUGACUUUAAUAAUAUCCGUCUGAUCGGCUCGACUUUCACGGACGCCAAUUGUGAGGACGUGCAAGCCCUCAUCAUGGUCGAAUUCCACUUCACUCGGAUUCAAUCUACGGACAACGUAGUACGCAGACUCAUUGCCUUUACCAAAGGUAUCGCUUCGUCUCAAGUACAAUGUGUGCGGUUACAUAUGGAUGCGAUAUAUGAGGCCGAUACUGAUGAUGUAUCCUGGCACACCGUAUUGUCCCCAUUUUCCUCGGUUACUCACCUUCACCUUAGCCAGCCGGUGCGGUUCAAGAUCCUGUCAUGCUUGCUCACCGAUGUCCGUCGGGCUGUCAGGCUGGCCGUCAUCGACCCAACACAGUCAUUCAUCCUCUUACCACUUCUCGCCCUACUAGACACUUCGUCUGAACUUGAAGGAGUGGAAACAGAAUUGAUACAGCAGCUCUUAUAUGAGAUCAGCGUACAGAGGGGCAUAUACACGAUGGUGUCUAGAGAAUCACGUGAUCUCACUUUCGAUUAG